UCUCUCUCCGCUUAAAAUUUUCCCCAACACCAAACAAGCAAACAAACAAAAACGCAACAAGUUCAAAAUUAUAAUAAUAAUUAUAAUAGGAAAGAAAGUGAUGGCGUCUAAUGUUUACAGGAAUGGUACGGGUUCGCACAAGGGAGCAAUGAGGCCACUCGCCGCUUCAAAUUCAUCGAAUGUCAAAUCAUUUUCAUUCAAAUCAAGAAUUCCUCCUUCGUCGAAUCACUCACCAGGAUCUGCACCUCUUCGCCGCUCCAACUCCGCUGGAGGAAGUGACGGAGUGCCUGGAAGAGUUCGAGUAGCUGUUAGAUUAAGGCCGCGUAACGCGGAAGAAUCUGUGGCGGAUGCAGAUUUUGCAGAUUGUGUUGAACUACAGCCUGAGCUCAAGAGACUUAAACUUAGGAAGAACAAUUGGGAUUCAGAAACAUACGAGUUUGAUGAGGUGCUUACGGAAUUCGCUUCUCAGAAGCGUGUCUAUGAAGUUGUUGCAAAGCCUGUUGUAGAGAGUGUUUUGGAUGGUUAUAAUGGAACUGUAAUGGCUUAUGGCCAGACUGGAACCGGGAAAACUUUUACUCUUGGACGGUUGGGUGAGGAAGAUACAUCUGCUCGUGGAAUAAUGGUCCGCUCAAUGGAGGAGAUUUUAGCAAAUGUUUCUCUAGAAACAGAUUCUGUUUCUGUUUCAUAUUUGCAGCUUUAUAUGGAGAGUAUUCAGGAUCUCCUUGAUCCAGCAAAUGAUAAUAUUUCCAUUGUGGAAGAUCCCAAAACUGGAGAUGUUUCAUUACCAGGGGCAACUCAUGUAGAAGUCAGGGACGAGCGGGACUUUAUGGAGUUGUUGAGGACAGGAGAGGCUCACCGAAUUGCUGCAAAUACAAAGCUAAACACUGAAUCAUCGCGCAGUCAUGCUAUUUUGAUGGUACAUGUUAAGAGAUCGGUUUUGGGAGCAGAAGAUGUUAUUCCAAGUGAAACAGACAAGUCUUCUCACUUUGCCAAACCUCCAAAGCCUCUUGUGCGAAAAAGCAAGCUGGUUUUGGUAGAUUUGGCAGGCUCAGAGCGCGUUCACAAGUCAGGAAGUGAGGGACACAUGUUGGAGGAAGCCAAGUCUAUUAACCUUUCUCUGAGUGCUUUGGGAAAAUGCAUUAAUGCUUUAGCAGAGAAUAGUGCUCACGUGCCAGUUCGUGAUUCAAAACUUACGAGGCUGCUUAGAGAUUCAUUUGGAGGCACUGCAAGAACCUCAUUAAUAGUUACCAUUGGUCCCUCCCCACGACAUCGAGGAGAGACUACAAGUACAAUACUGUUUGGCCAAAGGGCUAUGAAGGUGGAAAAUAUGUUGAGAAUAAAAGAAGAGUUCGAUUAUAAAAGUUUGUCCAGAAAGCUUGAAAUACAGCUGGACAAGCUCAUUGCAGAAAAUGAACGGCAACAGAAAGUAUUUGAUGAUGAAGUUGAAAGAAUAAACUUAGAAGCACUAAACCGUGUUUCGGAGGUUGAGAGAAAUUUUGCAGGUGCUUUAGAGAAGGAGCGACUAAAGUGCCAGAUGGAAUAUAUGGAGUCCGUUAAGAAGCUGGAGGAAAAGAUGAUAGAAAAUCAACAAAAGCAUGGGUGUGAUGGCUUCAUGCAGGAUAAAUGUAACGGAGAGGGGCCUGGUUCUUCUAUUGUUGAGGAUGUUGCUGAGGUCAAAAAGCUACUAGAGAAAGAAAUUCACAUGAGAAAGGAAGCUCAAGAGGAGGUCAACAAACUUAAGAGUCAGCUAGGGCAGUGCCCAGAUUCAGGGGAAGGUGGUGGUUCUGAAAUCUUGAAGCUCCAAAAAGCUCUGGCAGAUGAGGUUCGUCAAAAAAAGAAGCUUGAAGAAGAAAUGAUUAUACUAAGAAGUCAAAUGUUACAACUGACUUUUGAAGCCGACCAGAUGAGAAGGUGUCUUGGAAGAAAUGGAUCUGCAAAUGCUUAUGGCGGUUUAGAUUCUCCCAUGUCUCAAGUUAGGGACUCUUUAAAUGGACAUAAGACACCAGUUGCUGCACUAUUUGAACAAGUUGGAUUGCAAAAGAUCUUAGCUUUGCUCGAGUCAGAGGAUGCCAAUGUAAGCAUUCAUGCUGUGAAAGUGGUCGCCAACCUAGCUGCUGAAGAAGCGAAUCAGGAAAGGAUUGUUGAAGCUGGUGGUCUUACUUCCUUGCUGGUGCUUCUCAGAAGCUAUGAGGAUGAAAAUAUUCGCAGAGUCGUAGCUGGUGCAAUUGCCAAUCUUGCUAUGAAUGAAACCAAUCAAGAACUCAUAAUGAUUCAAGGGGGAAUCAAUUUAUUGUCUGUGACUGCAUCUCGUGCCGAGGACCCUCAGACUCUACGCAUGGUUGCUGGAGCUAUAGCUAACCUGUGUGGGAAUGAUAAGUUGCAAACAAAGCUGAGGUCCGAAGGUGGAAUUAGGGCCUUGCUGGGAAUGGCGAGAUGUGGACAACCUGAUGUUCUUUCCCAAGUUGCACGUGGAAUUGCCAACUUUGCCAAAUGUGAAUCCCGUGCGUCAACUAAUGGCAUAAAAAGUGGGAGAUCGGUUCUUAUUGAUGAUGGUGCGCUUCCAUGGAUUGUGCAGAACGCUAACAAUGAUUCCUCACCUAUUAGGAGACACAUUGAGCUUGCACUAUGUCAUUUAGCCCAACAUGAAGUAAACGCAAAGGACAUGAUAAGUGGAGGUGCCCUUUGGGAGCUAGUUCGGAUAUCGCGGGAUUGUUCUCGAGAAGACAUAAGAAGUCUUGCUCGACGAACUCUGAAUUUAAGUCCCAUAUUUCGAGCUGAAAUGAGACGACUAAGGAUAGAAGUAUGAUUUGAGACGAAGUGUUGGGUUUUCGAAACCGAGUGUGUGGAUGUAGCUAUAGGAAAAACAACAAAAUGUUGGCAUUGUAUAGAGGCUAAGGUGGGAGAUUCUUUAAGAGUGGGUUGGCUUAUGAUAUUAUUAUGAUCAUGUUUACUAGGUUCUUCAUUCAGCUUAGUGUAUGUUAGUGUUAGUUAAAAAAGUGGGGAGGGAUAAAAAUUUUGUAGGCAAUUCAGUUGAGUGAGUCAGUAUUUUCCCCUUUUUCUUUUUUUUAAAGAAACAAACUUCUAUUAGCUAACUGGGGGGGACUAACUCAUUAUGUAUUCUUUAAAUAUUCAGGGAAAAUAAAUAAAUUGUUAUGAUAUAAAAAUUGAUGAGUUCUCUUAA